AUGGAUCGGUUGAGUGUUGUACUCAUCUGUCAAUUGCAUCUCUUUAUUACAAUCACUGCUUAUCAAUCAUCAGAAUUUUUUCCUUUCUUUUCUCAAAAUGAUACAAAAAAUUUUGAAAAUAAUGAACAAUUCCAAUAUAAUACUCCUAUUAAUCAUUCGAUUUAUCGUCGACAAGCUUCAUUAAAUAUUCUUACAUCUCAACAAGCACGCAUACCGAUUACACCCUCAUAUAUAAUUCUUGGCCCACGUGUAGUUCGUCCAGCACAGAUAGUUUCUAUAAGUGUUACUAUAUUACGUAAAACAUGGAAUCCAAUUAUGGUUAAAGCAUUAAUAUCCAAUGAUGAUAUGGCUAUUGCUGCAGCUGAAGAUCUAUUUACAGUAAAUGUACCACGUACAUUACAAAUGCGUAUACCAAAAAGUAUUCGUCAUGGUACAUAUUAUUUAACUAUUCAAGGAACAUUAUUAACAGGUGAACAAAAAUUUUCUAAUAUUUCACAAUUAAUAUUUGAACAAAAAGCUGUAUCAAUUCUUAUUCAACUUGAUCGACCAGUUUAUCGUCAUGAAACUGUUAUACAAUUUCGUUGUAUACCUAUUUAUCCAGAUUUAAGUGGUUAUUUUCAUACACUUGAUGCAUAUAUUCUUGGUCCAUCAGGACAUAUUUUACGUAAAUGGGAAAAUCAACAAACAACAGCAGGCAUAGUUUCACUUGAAUAUCCCAUCAAUGAUGGACCACCAGAAGGAUUUUGGACUGUUAAAUGUCGUGUCAUGGGUUAUGAAGCAACCAAACAAUUUGAUAUACAUGAAUUUUAUAAUCGAAAAUUUGAAGUUAAUGUUACUGUUCCAUAUUAUUUACCAACUGAUACUCCGGGUAUUGGUGGAAUUUUAACAGCAAAUUAUACCACUGGAAUGGGUGUACUUGGUUAUGCACGAAUCGUUGUUCGUGCACGUAAUAUGUCUACAGCAUUUGAUCCAUAUAAUUAUCCAUUAGCAGAUGUUGAAUUUGAUAAAACAACACCAUCAUAUACAACAACAAUUCAGGAUUUUAAUGGUGUUGCUGGAUUUUUUAUACCAAUUCAAAAUAUUCGUACACUUCUACCAGAUUUAGAUGGAAAUGAACUAUUGAUAACUGCUGUUGUACAUGAUCCAUGGUGGAAUGAAACAAAUAAUGGUACAACUAUUGUUUCCUUCUAUACACCUGGUACACGUCUUCGUUUUCUUGGUGGACCAUCGAUGGUAUUUAAACCUCGUAUGAUUUUUACUACCUAUGUAGCUGCGACUAAUGUUGAUGGUUCAAAAUAUCCUCCUGGUCCUGGUCGAUAUAUUCGUAUCUAUACUGAUACAGAUCUUGGCCAAUCACAAGCACCUACAGAUUAUAUGAUUGAUUCAUCAGGUAUAAUUCAACAUAAAUUUUUAGCUCCAGCUGAUCUUCAAGUAACAUUUAUACGUUUACGUGCUGAAUUAUAUAAUAAUAAUAUAAAAGUCGAAGGUAGUUAUGAUGAACAACGUGCUAUACGUUAUUUAUCACCAUCAAAUAGUUAUUUACAAGUAACAUCAAGUACAGAAAAACCACGUGUUGGUGAUUAUAUGUUAUUUCGUGUUAAUAUAACACAAUAUGUUGACUCUGUAUAUUAUCAUAUAACAUCAGCAGGAAAAUUAAUAUUUACAAAUAUUCUUCCAAUGGAUGGUGCACGACAGAAAACAUUCGAUGUUGGUAUUAGUCGUGAAAUGGCUCCAUCAGCUCAUAUAUUAGUUUAUUAUGUACGUUAUGAUGGUGAAAUUGUUGCUGAUAGUAUGAAUUUUCAUAUAGAUACAUCAUCGGUUACAAAUCAUGUUAAUAUAACAGUAAAUCGACGAAAAGAUUUUACAGGAAAUACAAUUGAAGUUAUAGCAUAUGCAUCACCACAAUCCUAUGUUGCAUUUGCUGGUCUUGGCCUUGUACAAACACGUUUAUUUCCACCAGGAAAUCAUUUUACUUCAGUUAUAAUUUAUGAUGAAUUAUAUUCAUUCGAUCGUUAUUCAACAACAAGUUUUCAACAUACAUGGUAUUCGGAUAUAAAUAUUGCAUCACAUCGAGUUUUUUUCUCAUCACAAUCUUAUGGUUAUGAUGCUGGUUCAACGUUUAAUUCAUCGGGUAUGCAAAUAUUUACAGAUGUAAAUAUUCAAGCUAUACAACAAACAGCAUGUAAUCAAUUUGGUUUAUUACAAUGUACCGAUGGUUCAUGUUACCCAUUAUCAUUGAAAUGUAAUAAUGUUUUGGAUUGUCGAGAUGGUUCAGAUGAAGUUGAUUGUAAUGUAACAAUAAAUGCAAAUCGAUACAAUUUUACACCAUUAUAUCUACGUCUAUGGCCAUUUUGGGAACGUGAAUUACAACUUGAUUUUAUGUGGCAUCAACAAUUUGCUUAUCCUGAUGGUCGUGUACAGUUUCGUACAACUGUACCGAAUGUUAUUGCAACAUGGGUUAUAACUGCGCUUGCUGUUAGUCGUUUAACAGGUUUUGGUAUUGUUGAUGUACCACUUAUAUAUGAAGGUACAAGACAAUUUUUUAUUAAAGUUGAAGUUCCACCGAUUGUUCGACUUGGUGAACAAGUUGGUGCACGUGUUGAUGUAUUUAAUUUUCAACCACAUCGUAUUGAAGCAUUAAUUAUUUUACAUGCAUCGGAUGAUUAUCGUUCUGUUAAUAUUGGUCAACGUGGUAUAGUAUCAUCAUAUUCACCAAAAUUAACUGAAGGACAACAUCAUGUACUUGUUAUUUUAUAUCCAAAUGAAGUACGAAGACUUUAUAUUCCAUUUGUACCUAUUGUUGCUGGUGAAAUUGAAGUUAUGAUUGAAGGCAUUACUGGAGUAUCUCGUGAUUUUUAUCGUGAAGUAAUAAAAGUUAAUUAUGAAGGUAUACGUAAUUAUUAUCAUACACCAACUGUAUUAUUACUUAAUAAUUUACCAAGACAAGUCAAUGAAUAUGAUAUUACGGUACCUGAACAUUUUAUUCUUCCAUUAGCAAAUACGUGGGAUUAUAUUUCUGGUUCAGCAACAUGUGAAAUAUUUAUAUCCGGUGAUGUAGCUGGUCCUUAUUUCCUAUUAGGUUAUGAUGAAUGGUUAAAUACUGAUAAUUUAAUUCAACGUACAACUGCUCCAGGUGAUUCUGGUAUUUUUGAUUUUGCUAUGAUGAUUUAUAAUCUUCGCUAUAUGUUACAAGGUCAUGGUGGUCGUGCAUUUGAUGAACAAAAAUUAUUGCAAGUAUUAAUUUAUGCCAAUAUGGAAUAUCUUCGUUUUAUGGCAAUGUAUGUUAAUAGUUAUCCUGAUGAACCAUGGCGUGAAGGUUCAUUUAGUCAAUUUGGUUUUAAUAAUGAAACAUCAGUAUGGAUGACAGCUUGGACAUUAAUGACAUUACGUGAUGCUGUUUAUCCGGAAUGGGAAGAGAAAGGUUUAUAUAUAGAUCCAAAUCUUCGUUCAGAUAUUGUUAAAUUUCUUAUAACAAAUCAGAAAACAAAUGGUACUUGGGCGGAAACAACAACUGUUGAAGAUCGAAAUAAAUUUGGUCUUCGUUUAACAAAUGUUAGUGGUACAUAUCAACAAUUGAAUUUAUCUUUAACAGCACAAGCUCUUAUUGCUUUACAAUUAAAUGUUGAUAUACGUGGAAUCCCGGCAAAAUAUAUAACAGGUGCUAUUCAACGAGCAAAACAAUGGUUAGAACAACAUUUUCGUUUAAUUAAUGAUGCAUUUGAUAUGGCAAUUGUUACAUAUGCAUUACAUUUAACAAAUAGUGCAGAACAAGAUGCUGCAUUUGCUAGAUUAACUUUAUUUAAACGAAUGAAUGAAAAUGGAAUUUAUUAUUCAAAUUUAAAUCUACCAGCAAUGACAAAAACAUGGCCGAAUGUUAAUCCUCGAUAUGGUCCAAAACCAGUACCAACAAAUUUUGAAGCACAUGCUGUAUCUGCAACAGCUUUUGUAGUUAUGACAUAUACUCAUAAAGCUAGAGUGAAAGAAGCUGAACAAGCUGUAUUAUGGCUUCAAUCAAUGCGUAAUUUUAUUGGUGGCUGGUCUGCAACAUAUGAUUCUUGUAUGGCACAACGUGCUAUAGUUGGUUAUGCUGUAUUGCGUGGUUUUGAAAUUACAGCUUAUAAUAUACGUAUUAAUUUAACAUCAUCAUCAUCAAAUGAAGAAAGUCAUGAUCCAGUUGUAAUUACAGAUGGAAAUUUAAUUGAUACACAAGUUCGUGAUGUAGAACGUGCUUGGGGUGUAGUUUAUAUUGAUGGAUUUGGUAAUGGUUAUGCACUUAUUCAAAUGCAUGUUGGUGUUAAUGUUGAAUUUAAUGAUAAAGUACGUCGUCCAGCUUAUGUUCCAUUUUAUGUUGAUGUUCAACCGAUGUUAUCUGGUCGGAAUUUUUCAACAAUUGAUUAUCAUAUUUGUCUUUCUUGGCGUACAGAAAAUGUAGAUGUAUUAAAAGCAACACAUAGUGGAUCAAUGUUUUUUGAAAUUCAAAUCCCAACUGGUUAUCGUGUUGAAGAAAAAGAUUUAAAAACAAUGAUCUGGGGAUUUCAUACACGAAAUUUACGUGAAGCUGAAAAUUGGCCUGGUCAAGUUAAUUUUGGUUUUGAAUAUAUAGAUUUUAAUCCAAUAUGUUUUCAAUUUCAAGCUAAACGUUGGAUACCAAUAGCAAAUAUUUCUCGUUAUUAUGAAGUACGAGCUUAUGAAUGGUUUGAACCAGCAAAUAUAAAUCGAAGUGUUUAUACCUUAAGAAAUUUAUUUGCUUUAGAUAUAUGUGAAGUUUGUGGAUCAUAUCAAUGUCCAUAUUGUCCAUAUUAUGGUCAAGCAACAGUAUUUAUACAAUCAAUAACCAUGAUUAUUUUAGUUUUAUUUAUUGUUUUCUACAAUCAUGUAAAUUUAAUAAUAUUUCAUUGA